GAGCGAGGCUUUUCAAACGAGUCGGGGGAGUGUCCCCAAGUAAAGGGACCUCCCUGCUGAUCGUAUUAAGGCCUCCUUCGACAGCAAAGUUUAAGCCAGGAAAUAUCCCAGUAAUGGAUCCGUUUUUGGAUCUGCUGAAUUCGAUUUCGAGGAGCAUUUCUCCAGAGGAGCUUUCCAAUGUCAAAUUUCUUUGCCGGGAUCACAUCGGUAAAAAAAAGCUCCAGGCUGUGAAAAGUGGCAAUGAGCUCUUCGACAUUCUCCUGGAACAGGAAAUAAUUACACGGAACAAAGUAGAAUUCUUAAAGUACAUGCUCAAAAGCCUGAAAAGAGAAGAUCUACAAACUUUGCUGGGCCAGUUUGAGGAAGGUGCAAGUGGUGAUCGGGAUAAUCAGCUGGAUAGUCAAGAAAAAUGUAAGCUGGACAGAGCUUUUGAAAUCGUAUGUGAAAAUGUUGGAAAAAACUGGAGAAUGCUGGUUCGAAAACUUGGCAUUUCAGAAGCCAAAAUAGAUAGAAUCAUAACUGCCAGUCCAUGCAACUUGCAUGAACAACUGAUGCAAUCACUUCUAGAGUGGCGGAAAUCAAAAGGGAAGGAAGCAAAGGCCGACGAUGUAAUAAAAGCCCUCAGGGACUGUCAUAUGAACCUAGCAGCAGACUAUGUUGAAGAAGGUUUGCAACUAGAAAUUUGAAACUCAGUAAAAUCAGUGGAAACAGAUUGUUACUAUGACAUUAAAUUGAACAUUAUAAAAAAUUAGCUGUUAUGGAAAUGUGGUGCCUUUGGCUGCAACAGACAAACUUGAAGAGCUGCACUUGCACUUAAACUUGCUUAUAAACUUGCUUGGUUCUUUAA